AUGGCGUCUCGUGCCCAGCGUCUCGAGGCCCUGGCGGCGCUCAAGGCGGCGCGACAGGGCGGCGUGGUGCCUUCGAAAGUAGAAGAAGACGAUGACGGUGCCAUAUACGAUGAAGUGACGGAAGAGACGUACCAGUCGCUGGUGCGUGGCCGCAUGAUGGAAGACGACUUUAUUGAGGACGACGACGGCAGUGGCUAUGUCGAUCAUGGCCAGGACGAGUGGGCGCAGGCCCAGAGCGAGUCAGAUACCGAGGAUGAGCGCGACUAUUACGAGCGUACGGGUCGCAAGAAGCCCAAAAAGAAGGGCGCGCGGCGCGUAGCUCGGCAUGCUCUGCCACACGACUAUCUCGGACCGCGGCACGAGGUGCGGCGCGCUGUGCCGGCGCCCUCCAAGGAGUCGGAGGAUGCGUUCAUGUCCAAGCUCUUUGGCGGGCUGGAGCACAUGAGCACGCCCGCGCGGCCUAUGGCGACGCUCGCGCUCGACGAAAGCCACGACUCGCCCUCCCUGGCCAUGGCGCGCAAACGAAAGCAGCUGCAUACCCCUACGACGCUGCCGUCGCUUGUGCCUGAUCUCAGCUCGUCGACUGAGCCAAGUAGCGACGCGCUAGACGACUCGUGGUCUGACGAGGCGUCGAAGAAGCGCAAGAGCGACACGCCUCCGAUGGACGAAGAUGACGACUUUGGCAUGGUGACAGCUCGGCGGCAAGAUCCUCUGGAGGCUGCGACGCGCACAUCCAAGCCGGUGCACGCGCCCGAGACACCCACGCAUCUUCAGACGUGGCGCAGCGUCCACGACGGUUUGGCGACCGAGUCCACACCCGUCGCGACGCCGUACCAUGCGGCUACGAAGCAGGUGCCAUGCUUUGAGGAAGAUGGCAGCGUGCACUUUUACUGGUUCGAUUACUACGACGAUCUGCAUGGCACGUUUCUCCUGCUGGGCAAGGUGCUUGACAAGGCGACGGGGCGCUUUGUGAGUGCGAGCGUCGCGAUCGACGGCAUGGAGCGCUGCCUCUUUCUGCAGCCGCGGCCACGUAUCGUGGUGGAUGGCCACGAGACGGACAGGGUGCCGGGUGAAGACGAGGUGAUGGAGGAGUUUGAGUCGAUGCGCCAGCGCUACGGGAUCCAGUCGUGGAUCGGCAAGUGGGUCUCGCGAAAAUACGCGUUUGAGCUCCCUGAUGUGCCGAGAGAAGGCUCGUACCUCAAGGUCAAGUACGGCUUUGACGAGCCAGCUCUGCCGGCCGACGUCAGCGGCUCGACGUUCUGCCGCGCGUUUGGCGCGCACACCUCGGCUUUUGAGCUGUUUGUCGUCAAGCGCCGGAUUAUGGGCCCCUGCUGGCUGCGGUUGGAGCGCGCCAAUGUCCGACAAGGCGCGCCGCAGACGUGGACCAAGAUGGAGCUGAGUGUGGACGAGCCCAAGUGCGUCGCGCCGUUUGCGGACACAGAUGCGCAUGCCCCCAAAGACGCGCCGCCGCUCACGAUCAUGAGUUUGGCGCUUCGCUCUGUCGUCAAUUUCAAAGAGAACAAGCGCGAGAUUGUCGCUGUGAGUGCGCGUGUAUGGCGCGACAUGGCCCUGGAACAUCCUACGCCGCCGGAGCAGUGUCCGUCGACGGCGUUCACGGCGGUGCGCCCUCUCGGCCCAUCGUUCCCACCGCGCUUCGAGCAGCAGGCGCAGCAAUCUCCGACCAAGAUCAAGGCGUUCAAGUACGAGCGCAUGGUGCUGAAUCACCUCCUCAGUCAGAUCCAGCUGCACGACGCCGAUGUGAUCCUGAGCCACGACCUGGUCGGAUCCACGCUCGACAUUUUGCUGCACCGCCUGCGCGACUUGCACUGCGAUCAGUGGACGCGACUGGGGCGUAUGCGGCACGAGUCGAAGGGCAAGUGGCAUCCGGUGCGCGCGCUCGUCGGCCGGCUGGUGGCCGACCUGUCGAGCGACACGGCCAAGGGCAUGAUUGCCUCGACGACGUGGUCGCUGAGCGAAAUGUGCCGGACGCAUUUGAACACGCAGCGCGAGGAUAUCGAUCCCGAGGAUGUGCCGUCGUUCUUCGACUGCACGGCUCCGACGCCCGAGCGACUCUUGACGUUUGUCAAGCACUGUGAGGUGGACGCGUUCUUCCAGAUGGCGAUCGCGAGCAAGGUGCAGCUCUUGGCCCUGACCAAGCAGCUGACCAACCUCGCGGGCAAUGCGUGGUCACGUACGCUGAACGGUGGCCGCGCCGAGCGCAACGAAUACAUCUUGCUGCACGAGUUCCACAAGAAAAAGUACCUCUGCCCCGACAAGGAGCGCAAGACGCCGAGCGACAAGAAGGAAAAGUUCAAGGGAGGUCUCGUCUUUGAGCCCAAGCGUGGGCUGUGGGACAAGUACGUCUUGGUGAUGGACUUUAAUUCGCUGUAUCCCAGCAUUAUCCAGGAGUUCAACAUUGACUUUACGACGGUCGAGCGCCACGGCGACGAUGUGCCGCCCGCGCCGUCGUCGGACGUGGCGCAGGGUGUGUUGCCGCACUUGAUUGCUACGCUCGUGAAUCGCCGCCGGCAAGUCAAGGCGCUCAUGAAGGACAAGCACGCGCCAGCGCUCAAGCAGCUCCAGUGGAAUAUCAAGCAGCAGGCGCUCAAACUCACGGCGAACAGUAUGUAUGGGUGCCUGGGCUACGAAAACUCGCGGUUCUAUGCCAGGCCACUCGCGGCGCUCACGACGUUCAAGGGCCGAGAAAUUCUGUCGACGACGCGCGAGCUCGCCGAGAGCAUGUCCCUCGACGUGAUUUACGGCGACACGGACAGUGUCAUGAUCAAUACGCGGUGCGUGGACUACGAUGCGGCCAUCAAGCUCGGCCACGAGUUCCGCCGAGCGGUCAAUGAGCGAUACCGCCUGCUGGAGAUCGACAUUGACGGCGUCUUUCAGCGCAUGCUCCUCCUCCAGAAGAAAAAGUACGCGGCGCUGCUGGUGAACGAGGGCGGCGACACGAGCACCGAGAUCAAGGGUCUCGACAUGAAGCGGCGCGAAUACUGCGCGCUCUCGAAACAGGCCUCCGCCUACGUGCUCGAACAGAUCCUCUCCGGCGACGCCACCGAAACGGUGGUCGAGCGCAUUCACGAGUACCUCCAGCAGCUCGCGUCGGACGUGCGCGAAGGACGCAUCCCGCUCGACGACUACGUCAUAUACAAGCGCCUCGGCAAGCGGCCCCAAGACUACCCCGACGCCCAGAACCAGCCGCAUGUGCAAGUGGCUCUGCGCAUGCUCGCCAAAAACGAAAGCGCGCGCAGCGGCGACGUCAUUCCCUACGUGUUUUGCGUCGGCAGCGAUGCCAAGCACCAGGCCGAGCGCGCAUUUCACCCCGACGAUGUGCGCCGACACCCCGACGAUCCGACGUACGCCAUCGACUACAAGCACUACCUGUCCCUGCAGAUCCUGCCCCCGAUCGAACGUCUGGCCGACAGCCUGGAGGGCUCGGACCGGUCGCGCCUCGCCGCGUGCCUCGGCCUCGACGUCCACACGUCCCAUGCGUCCGAGCGCGAGUUUGCAACGCUCGACAGCCAAGUGCCCAGCAGCGUGCGCUUCGCCCACUGCGACGCGCUGCAUGUGCGCUGCCCGCAGUGCUCUCACACAUCAAGUGUGCGGCCGCUCGCCCACAGCGCCCGAAGCGAGGCCGCAUGGCUCGCCUGUGAGGCGUGCCAUGCACCGUGGCCACUGGCAUCUCUGGUCGUGCAGCUGCAGCUCGCUAUCCGCGCGCACAUCGCUCAAUACUACCAGGGCAUCGCGACGUGCAGCGAGCCUUCGUGCCGUGCUACGAGCGACAUGACCGGCGUGUACAGUGGCCGGUGCGUCGUGGCAGGAUGCCGAGGCAAGGUCGUGGCUCAGUACACGGACAAGGCACUAUACACACAGCUGUGCUUCUUUGCGUACCUGUUCGACGCGGCGCAGGCAGUCGCCGAGACACGGGACACGGCGCAGCAGACGCGCCUACAAAGCAUCGUGGACGCGCACCGCGCCGAUAUCGACGCACUGCACGGCACCGUGCAGUCCUAUCUGGCCCGCAAUGGACGCCGAUUCGUCGGGCUGGGCAAACUGUUCUCAUUCAUGCGUAUGUAG